GCAAGACAAGGCCAGGAGGACAACUUGCAGCAAGACCCUCGCGUUUCUUAAGUCAGACAAACACAGAAGGAUCAAGAUCCUUCAGGUUGAUCUCAAAAGGCGGGCAGUUCUGGAAUUCCAACAAGCGUUUAUUGACUGUAAAGCCUAGUCAAGGUUUGGCAAGAAGAUGGGUGGCAAGGCAAAACCAACGAAGCACACUUCUAAGGAGAUUGCAAAGAAGGUGUUCGAAGCAAAUGUGAAUCGUGGCGGCGGAGCCGCUGGAAAAGCUGAAAGACAGAAUGCAGCAUGUGGUUUCAAGUGCUACGUCUGUCUUUGUCAGCAGCCCAGUGAAAAGUCGCUGCAAAUCCAUUGGGAGGCAAAGCAUACAGACAAGGGAGCUCUAGAUCUGGAGAAAGCUAGGUGCAAGUGAGAGCGCAUUUUUUGAUCCCUCCAUAUGUUAAGAUCCCGAGAACAUCUUACUUAGGAACUUGAUCGUCCUUCAAUUCUUCCUUUCGUGGAAGGGAAGAAUUUGUUGGUCGGCUUGUCGGGCAGUUGUUUUCUCCUUUAUUUUUGUGUCGGUUUCCUUCAUUUUGUGCUAAUUGCUUUAUUGGGAGAACUGCUUGUAAAUGUUUUCAUCGUGUU